AUAUAUAUCCCAGGAGACCAUAUAGCAAGUUUCCAAAACUAGGUUAUUCUUCAAGAAAAUAUGGGUGAACAAGCAAAUUCUGUAUUUGGUGAUCAAGAUUUGAAGGAAAAUAUUGGUGUUAAUGGAGCUUGGCACCAAAGUUGGCUUGUCAUGGAAGGUGGUGAUGGUAUUUGCGUUACAACAUCCGUCGAAUCCUCAACAAAUUCCACAAACUCUGUUGCAUCGUCCUCUUCAUCUGAAUUGUUAGAGGAUGCUUCCUCUUCAAUGUCAUAUUCAUCAUCCUCGUUGCUAACAAAUGGGCCUUUAUUACAUGAAUUAUCUGAGAUCAUGGUCCAUCUACCCAUAAAGAGAGGACUCUCUAAGCAUUAUCAAAGGAAGUCUGAGUCUUUCACAUCUCUAGCGAGUGUGAAGAAGUUAGAAGAUAUUGGAAAGAGAGAGAAACUGAAGUCAUGCAAAAGCUAUGGAGGUGGUUUAGAUGGUCAUAAAUCAAGCACUCCCCCUAAGGCUAUCAUAUCAAAGAAGAUUUCAAGAGGAUCUUUUUUAUCUUCUUUGGGUAAGAGAGGUGGUUUGUGUGGUGGUUCUAGGCCUUCUUUCCAUGCACAAAAAAGAAUUUCUGAUAUGCAAACCACGUAAGGUUUGACAACUAACUGGCUUAUGUUUUGCAUACUCGUUGGAAGAAAUUAUGCAAUCUUCAGUGAGUUUUACAUUCUUC